AUGUCUAAUCAACUCACUGGUCCAAGAGAGCAUGUGGAGGGCAACGAAGCUCACUGGAGCUACAACGAACAUGUUGGUCCCAGCCGUAGUACAGAGUUUGCCGGAAAUCUAGACUUUAGGGAGUAUGUGGUGGCAGAUGGGAACGACUGGUUGCACCCCCUGUCAGACGUUGUGUACGAGGAUGUAUGUCAAUUUCAAGAUCUUCAGGAUAUUAAAAACGUUUGUUCAUGGAUUUUCAGGUUUUUUUCAAAUGUUAUCGUGUUAAUGCAAAAGUGCUCAUUGCAGCAGUUGGACCAUACUGAAGAAAGUGAUUUUCUUCCUGAUGGGGAAGCGUAUCUGGAGCCACAGAGGAUUUUCUUUAAAAGUCUGCAAGUAGUAGCUGAUGAAGCUGUAGUGGAUGUCAUCCCAGAAAAUACUGUACGGCCUCAGCAGUGUUUCUCUUCUUUCCAUCGAGAUUCCCCACAGCAGUGUGUACGGUCAAAUUCCGACCACGUCAGACAGACAGGACGUUCUCGCCAAGUAGAAACAGUUCCGGGUACUAAUGCAGUGCAUUACAUCGUACAAAAUACCUCAUUGACCUUUGAAACAGAGUCGAGUCAUCAUGUGCAGUACGAAGUCGGACCGUCGACACCGUUCAGACGACCAUUAGAUCAAUGCGAAGGUGCACUUCCUCCACAUCAUGUUCCAAUUUUACGGUCAAGUUCGAAAUCGCAACCACGUCGACCAUUACUUUGGGAAUUGGACGAUGAUUCUCUCGCUUAUCCCGUGCAGGAAUAUGAUGAUGAUUGCAAAUAUGAUGGCAUUGAACAAGAAGACUAUGACAACUUUACUGAAGCUCCAGACGGAAACACGGGUGAUCUGUUCGCAGAUGAGUGGCAAGAGCAGUCAAAUUUACGACCGCUGAGAACCAUCCAGCGAUCGUAUUUUCCGCCAAAUCUCUCACCUGCACAGAAGAUGGUAUACCUGCUAGCCAACUAUGAAAAAGCUUAUGCUCGAUACCUUCCAUUUGCAAACAUGGCGCUUCUGGAAUCUGAUACGAGAUAUAGGCCUGUGAAACCAGUCGCCAGUGAUUUGUAUCGCUUUCAUUCUAGAGGAGCUCACAUUCAUGGAUUCUUCCGCACUGUAAUUGAUUCAAGAGAUCGUCCUCAUCUUGAUCAAACUCGGUACAUCCAGGAUAUACAGUUUGGAAAAGUAUUCCCUUUGAAUCCUGACUACGAUCAGUGGGAUGAUAGCAUGCGCAGCGAGUUCCGGCAACUUUCGAAUCGGUUAAUGCAGAUCUUUGAAAGAAAAUGCUUCUAUGCCAAUGCUGGAAAUGGCCAUGGUCGAGCGCCAGUCGUUAGACGUGGACCGAAGCCUACUCAGAAACCUCCACCCGACUAUGCUGAACAGCAAAAAAUUCAAUACGAAGGUGUCCCACGGGGUUUCCGACCAGUGAGAUCUUCCGUUGUGAAUCAGACGAAGUUAUUUACAACACACUCUGCUUCUCAUUCUUCGUUCACCCCUUUACAGUGUCAGGGGCCGGUAUUGCAAGCAUCGACAGAUUCGCAAUCAUUCCUCCGUCGCAAGCCUGAUGAUUUUUGGAGGACAUUGGGCCACAGGAAAUCAGCAGCAUCUGAAACGAUACGUGCGCCUGCUACAGACGUUAUGCGAAGCCUGGAUGUGCUGAUGGAGAAUUCACCGAAUAAUACUACAUCGCGUCACGGAGCACCAACGUCUUAUUACCCUCAAAGUGCUUCUAUUCGAAGGGCGGUUACGCGAACAGUUGGCACAAAUUUAAUAGAUGAUCAGGGAAGUGCUUCUUCUGAACAAACUUUGGAUUGUUUUCCUGUAGAAGGCACGCCUAUAUCCGCUUCUUCAACAGAAGUAGCUGAUAGGAACCAGGUUGCGGUCCGUCAAAUGAAGAAGUGCUCUUGGUCUUUGAUGAGUAAGAGCCAAUCCGAGUAUUCGGAUCAGUAUAACUAUACAAGAAAUGUUCAAGAGAGCGUAGGGUCAAGUGUUACGACCACUCAGAAACCUCUGAAGAAGUUCAGCCUUGUGAGAGAUGAGCAUGGUCGGUUACGUCGACUUAAAAGAUCGCAGGAUGGAACAUUUCUCACAAGAGGCCAACCCUAUUAA